CAUCUCUCACAUGUGUAUAAUUUCAAGAAAAAAGAGUUGAGCCGCUACGACUCCCUCGUUAAUCGCCGUCGGCCACCAUGGCCACUGUCGCUAAGCUUCACGUCUCUCCGCCGAGCCUCAGAGAUCACCAAAGAACCGACCAUAGGCCAAGAUUCCAACCUUUUUUCCACCGGAGUCCGGCAACAUUAGAUGCAAUUCCGGUUCCAGGGCAACCGAACCUCCACCGUAGAAUAUCUCUGCAGCCAUGUAGGUCGUUUAGAUCCGAGAAUGGAAGAGAAUCUGUAGAGAAGGAAACCGGCAAGGCGAGCAAAGAUAAAAAUUCGAAGCAAACUCGGUUGCAGCCAAAGAAGAGAACUGGAGCUUUGUACUCUUUGAAAUCUAUUAUUCUGAAGCUUUCUGGUUCUCGUCCACCGUUACAAGGAGAGUGUCGUGACGCAGUGGCAAAGGCAGAGGAAAUUUUUUUCUCGGUUGCUACCCAAGUUGGUAGGUAUCUUGUAACCAUGACGAGUACCGGAGUAAUACUUGCGAUUGGAUUUCAGUUGUCAGGCGGGGAUAGUCAGAUGAACACUUUGAUUUGGUAUAGCUGGCUUGGGGGAAUUGUCAUCGGGACAAUGGUAGGCGCUAACAUGGUUUUAGAAGAACACUGUAGAGCUGGUCCCCGGAACGUUGUCAUAACUGGAAGUACAAGGGGUCUGGGCAAAGCACUUGCUCGGGAAUUCCUUCUUUCAGGAGAUCGUGUUGUUGUUGCUUCCCGCAGCCCUGAGUCAGUACACAAGACUGUAGCAGAACUUGAAGAGAACCUAAAGGAAGGAAUUCUCAAAGGAAGUCGCACAUACAGAGAAAAUAUGGCAUAUGCAAAGGUGGUUGGUAUUGACUGUGAUGUCUGCAAUCCUGAUGAUGUAAGAAGGUUGUCAAACUUUGCUGUCAAUGAGCUUGGCUCCAUAGAUAUUUGGAUUAAUAAUGCUGGCACAAAUAAAGGUUUCAGACCCUUGUUGCAGUUCACAGAUGAAGAUGUUGAACAGAUUGUCUCGACAAACUUGACUGGAUCUUUAAUCUGCACACGAGAAGCGAUGCAUGUGAUGAGAUCGCAGGAGAAUGGAGGCCACAUUUUUAAUAUGGAUGGCGCGGGCUCAGGGGGAUCUAGCACUCCUUUGACAGCUGUCUAUGGUGCAACAAAGUGUGGCCUGAGACAGUUUCAAGCAUCACUCUUAAAAGAGUGCAAGCGGUCUAAAGUGGGAGUACAUACAGCAUCCCCGGGCAUGGUCCUCACAGAUUUGCUUCUGAGUGGUUCAACUCUUAAAAAUAAGCAGAUGUUCAACAUCAUCUGUGAGCUUCCUGAAACAGUGGCCAGAACUUUAGUUCCUCGGAUGAGGGUUGUGAAGGGUACUGGAAAAGCUAUCAAUUACUUAACCCCACCAAGGAUCUUGAUUGCUUUGGUAACUGCAUGGUUGCGCCGAGGUCGAUGGUUUGAUGAUCAGGGGAGAGCAUUGUAUGCAGCUGAGGCGGACCGAAUUCGUAAUUGGGCUGAAAGCCGUGCUCGGUUCUCUUUCACAGAUGCAAUGGAGAUGUACACAGAUAAUACUUGGUUCUCUGUCUUUUCACUUUCAGUUGUUUGUGCAUUCAUUAUUCUUUCAAGUUCAGGUAGCUCACUUCCUGGCACCUGAGAUUUCAUCAUCAAUUGCAAUUGGAAAGACCAGAGUAGUCCCCUCUCAUAGCAAGGGAAGCCAACCAUUUAACUUCUUAUAUGCAUGCUCAGAAAAGGGUAGAAGGCAAAAUACCACCAAUAUAUGGAUUUUCUCCCAGCAUCCUUUUUAAAAUUCUCAAUAGCCAUAUAUAGGAUCCCCAAUACUUUUACCCAAAAAGAGGAAAAAGAAUCUUGAAAUCUUGCUGUCUUCUGGUUACAAAGCCAUCUGUUUAGUGUUGCUAUGUACUCCAUUUAGGCCAGUUCCUUGGUCCCUGUAAUGAGCAGCAAGCACAACACAUGUUUCAUUGACUGAGCACUCUCCAUUGAGAUGCAUGUUGGAUGUAACCCCAUUUGUUGAAAUUGUAGUCAAAUGUUGUUGUAAUGUUGUAACUAUACUUCUAUGAGCAUUUUUUUUUUUACAAUUAUCCUUGAAUAAUUUCAGGAUCAAAUCCUCUUUUAGUUUUA